AUGUCUUCUUCCCAAGAGCGCCAGCCCCGCAGGCAAAAGAAGCAACAACAGGAGGUUGUCGAGGAGUCUGAGUCUGAUUCCGGCUCGGAGGAGCAAUAUGAGCCCCCGAAGAGGUCGAACCGACGCUCGCGCCAGCAGAACAACCAGAUGCAGCAACGCAACCAACAAGGCCCCAUGAAUCAGAUGGGCGGUGGCAUGCCAGGCACCAUGGGCAACGUCGCGAACCAGGCCAUGCAGCAACAACAGCAAGGCGGCGGCGGCGGCGGCAAGUCAGACACGCUGCGGUUGAGGCUGGACUUGAACCUCGACAUCGAAAUUACUCUGAAGGCUAAGAUUCAUGGUGAUCUUGAGCUGGCUUUGCUGACGGCCAGGGAUACAACGUAA